AAAGGCGCAACGGCCUCCGUUCGCCCCAGUCCUCCCUCCCCACCACAAUGUCUCUCUCUCUACAACCACAUCAAUGCUAUUUUCUCUCUGUAAAAAGGUAACGCAAAAUCGUUGCUGUCUCUUCUGAAAUAUAGGACUUCUAAGGCUCCAUACUCUCUUUCUGUGGCCCAUGAAAUUGACCAAGCGCCCGUGAACCUUCAUCGCAUUUGUAUCUGAUUUGGCCCCUUUUCUGUGUUCAUUGAUUUGGGGCUGUUUUCACGGGUAAUCCCUUGAUUGCUGGGGAAAUUUGUGAUUUGGGUUUUAGGGUUUAGGGUUUUGGGGUUUGUCCAUUUUUUAUUCCUUGACAAGGAGAUUAUUGGGGUUUGCCCCUUUUUCGGGGUUUUUCUUUGGGAUAGUUAUUUGCCAGUUUGUUCUAUUAAGGGAUUUCUAUGACAGGGGUCUUGGACUUUGGGGUUUGAUUUCUUAGGUUUUGAUAUCCAAUCCUCCAUUGAGGAGAUGGAUGAGGUAAUGUCUGGUUUUGUUUAUUCUAGGCUACCGAAUGAGGGGGAGAUUGCGGUUUAGGGUUUAUCAAAUUUUUUAGUUUCCCUAUUGAAUAUUUAUGGUAAUGGAUGGAUUGCAUGCAAACGCAAAUGCUCCGCCGCCUUUUCUUAGCAAGACAUACGAUAUGGUGGAUGACCCUGCAACUGAUUCAAUCGUUUCGUGGAGCCCUGGCAAUAACAGUUUCAUUGUUUGGAACCCUCCUGAGUUUGCAAGGGACUUGCUGCCCAAAUACUUCAAGCACAACAACUUCUCGAGCUUUGUGCGCCAGCUGAACACAUAUGGUUUUAGGAAAGUGGAUCCAGAUCGAUGGGAAUUUGCAAAUGAGGGGUUUUUGAGAGGUCAAAGACAUCUGCUCAAGAACAUCUAUCGGCGGAAACCUAGUCAUAGUCAUACCCAGCCUCAGCAGUCUCAAGGACAAAGUGCAUCUGUCAAUGCAUGUGUCGAAGUUGGGAAGUUUGGCAUUGAAGAGGAAAUUGAGAGGCUUAAAAGGGACAAAAAUGUUUUAAUGCAGGAACUGGUGAGACUUAGGCAACAGCAACAGAGCACUGAUCACCAGCUCCAGACCAUGAGUCAGCGACUUCAAGGAAUGGAGCAAAGGCAGCAACAAAUGAUGUCAUUCCUGGCCAAGGCCAUGCAAAGCCCAGGGUUCUUAGCACAGUUGAUGCAACAGAAUGAGAACAAUAGGCGCAUAGCUGGAAACAAGAAACGUAGACUCCCCAAACAAGAAGAAAACACGGAAGUUGAGGGGCCGAGUCUAGAGGGACAAAUAGUUAAGUACCAACCUCUUAUAAAUGAGGCUGCAAAGGCCUUGAUCAUGCAAAUAUUUAACGUGGACCAGACCCCUAAAAGGGAACCCAAUCCCAAGAACUCUGAUAAUCUCUUCACGGAUGCUGUUCGGGCCACAUCUGAUGCAUUGGAUAGUGGUAGCUCAUCAAAUCGAACAUCGAGUGUUACACUUACAGAGAUGCAACCAAGUUCAGCUCCUUCUUAUACAACUAAUUCCUCAAGCUUUGCAGGUCUUUGCCCUUCUGCUGCAACAUCUGAACUACAGACAUCGUCUUCAAUGUCUGAUAUGGUUACAAUGCCUCAGCUACCUGAUAUGGAUGUGCUCUCUACCUUGACUGAUUCAGUGACCCCAUGUGAGAGUGGUUUGGCUCUUCCUGAGUUCUCCCAUGUUCAAGGGUUAGUGCCUGAAAGCAAUUCUAUGGCCCUUCCCAGUGGAACCUAUGUUGUGCCUGGGACAGGGGGAGAGUUUAUUGAACCUAUGUCGGUUGCAAUGGAUACGACAAAUCCCUUAGAUUCGGAGAAGUUCUCUUCAGAGAAUGAUACCGAUAGUUUGUUUGAUGGGCUCCCCUUUUUGCCUGGGGAAAAUGAUGAUUGGGAAAAGUUUCUCUCAGCAAGUCCUUUAUCAGGGGUCUCAGGUGAUAAUGAGGAGGUUGAGUCGAGCACCUUGGAAGGUGUCACCAAGGGAAACGACAUCAAACCAAAAGACCCAAGUAAUGAAUGGAACAAGGCCCAACGUAUGGACCACCUCACAGAGCAGAUGGGACUUCUCACAUCAGACGCAAAUAGCUGCUGUUUCAGUUAAAGAGUCGAUCAAAGAAGGGCAAACAGCUUUUUGGAAGGAUAUGCUGCAAAUAUUGGUGGAUGUUUUGGUUGGUUUAGCAACUACUUUUAGCUUUUCAAGACCAAAGUAUGUGGAAGCAGGAAAAGAAAAAUCACUGUAUUUUGUCCAUUACCUGAAAGAGUUUCAGAAUUUGUUAACGAUUCCAAACUUCGUCUCCCCUGAAAUGUAUAAUCAGGUUUAAACUUAGCUAUCCUGGUAAAAGGGCACUGAUUCCUUCAUCUGGUUAGAGUAUCAACAAAUGACUUACAAUUGUUUUAAUUUUUUGAGAAAAAAGGGUAAUGGGACUGGAGGGUGGGAUGUAACUUUGAGGCUCCUGCCCCCCUAACCACCCGGAACCCAACCCCAUUCUACAGAGAUGACUUAAAUUAAUUGUACUAAAUUUCUCUUUUAGUUGUGAUGAGCUCCAUGGUUGGCUGAGAACAAUGGUCCUCUCUUAAGGGUUUUUACCUUUCCAUUCUCAGCAAUGGUGAGAAGUACACUGCACAGAACCAAUUAGUUUAGAGAGGUAAUUCUGCAAAAUAAUAACAAGAUGAUUAAUUUGUUCU